AGGAGCACCUUACCUAGUGUGAAGCACGCAGGGAAGGCUUCCUGAAAGAGAAGAAGGCGUCUAAGCUAAAACCUACAGGAUAAGUAGGAGUUAGCUGGGAAAGUUGAAUGCUGGCAAGAAAUCCAUGGGGGAAGAAAUGAAGAGAGUGGAAAUCCCAGGCAGAGCAGAGGGCAGUGCCUCAGAUAUCAGGCAGGACCCAGGCCAGCUGGAGCCAGAGCUGGGGACUUCGCUGGAGAGAUUGCACCAGCCUGAGGCCGACGAGAAAUUGAACUAAACUGUCUUUCGAAUACUGCUGGACGACCCCCGCGGGAGCCGGGGCCCAGACACCCGCCCGGCAGCAGUGACUGGAGCGGAGCCCGCAGGCCCGGGCCAGCUCGGCAGCGCGAGCAGGAAGCGGGGUCCCUGGGCCCCUUUGUGUGAAGGGCGGGGGAGGGCUGCCGGGCAGCCCCUGGCUGCGGGCUCCUCUGACGCCCGCCUCGCUGCGGGGGCCCCUCGCGCGUCCCUAACCCCUUCCCCCUUAGGGCGCGCUGCUCCUCCCCACCCUCGCUGGGUUUCUCCCAGGCUCGCCCUCCUCCCCACGCCCCCUGCCUGGGCUUCAGUUCCUAUAGGAAGGGUAUUACCAUCCCAUCCCCACCCACCCUGACACUGCGCUCUUUCCCCUCCCCCUCCUUUAACUUCCUCUUCUUCCCCGGUUGGGCCCUCCGCUUCUCUGCGCUCUCCUCCCCGGUUCGCAGAUUUCCGCCCACCUUCCGCCUCCUCUAGCCUUGCCGCAGCUAGCGGGGUGUUAUUUUCCCCCCCUCUGGUAGGAGUUGGUAAAGGUGAGACUCAUGAGGGAAUACAAGGUAGUGGUAUUAGGGAGCGGAGGGGUUGGCAAAUCUGCCCUUACUGUGCAGUUUGUCACUGGGACUUUCAUUGAGAAAUAUGACCCCACCAUUGAAGAUUUCUACCGCAAAGAGAUCGAAGUGGACUCUUCCCCCUCCGUGCUGGAAAUUCUGGACACCGCAGGAACUGAGCAGUUUGCCUCCAUGAGAGAUCUCUACAUCAAAAACGGCCAAGGUUUCAUCCUGGUUUAUAGUCUGGUUAAUCAACAGUCUUUUCAGGAUAUCAAGCCAAUGAGAGAUCAAAUUGUCAGAGUGAAGAGAUAUGAAAAAGUCCCACUAAUCCUAGUAGGAAAUAAAGUGGAUCUGGAACCAGAAAGAGAGGUUAUGUCUUCAGAAGGCAGAGCUCUGGCUCAAGAAUGGGGCUGUCCUUUCAUGGAAACGUCGGCAAAAAGUAAAUCAAUGGUGGAUGAACUUUUUGCUGAGAUCGUCAGGCAAAUGAACUAUUCAUCCCUGCCCGAGAAGCAAGAUCAGUGUUGUACAACUUGUGUUGUCCAGUAAAAAAGAUAACCUCAAUCAUGGCCAUACCGAGCAG